UGCUGGUUGUGCCUCCCACCCCCACUUUAGACUAUGUCUGCCUGAGGCGGGAACUAUUAAUGCCUCAGGCACUCAAACGAAGCGCACUCUGCGUGAAAUACCCAUGAAACUUGUUGGCAUUAUUUUGACUCAAAUGGUAAAUCCAGUAAGAGAUACUGUGAUUAUAAUAGAAUAUCUAGGAUGCGUUAAGCUAUUGGUACUGCUGGUAUCAGUCGAUCUUUUAACAAUCCUUCCGGGUCCUCGUCGAGGUCCAUGUAUCUGCCUUCUACGCGCCUGCUUCAGAAGGCAAGAUCCAGUCGAUAUUACGUAAGGCUUACUUUUCGUAUAUACAGAGUCCCUCCUUCCAACUACUUGGGCAUAAUUCCAGCCUGAGGCGUU